AUGCCAAAUUUCACAGAUGUGACAGAAUUUAUUCUUCUGGGCUUGACCAGCCGUCAGGAGUUUCAAGUUCUCUUUUUUGUGGUAUUCCUUGUCGUUUACAUGAUCACUCUGUUAGGGAACAUUGGCAUGAUCAUUUUGAUCAGCAUCAGUCCUCAGCUUCAGAGCCCUAUGUACUUUUUCUUGAGUCAUUUGUCUUUGGUGGAUGUGUGGUUCUCUUCCAAUGUCACCCCUAAAAUGCUGGAAAACUUAUUAUCAGAAACAAAAACCAUUUCCUAUGUGGGGUGUUUGGUGCAGUGCUACUUUUUCAUUGCCCUUGUGCACGUGGAAGUCUAUAUCUUGGCAGUGAUGGCUUUCAAUCGUUACAUGGCCAUCUGCAACCCUUUGCUUUAUGGAAGUAAAAUGUCCAGGACUGUCUGUGUUCGGCUUAUCUCUGUGCCUUAUGUCUAUGGGUUCUCUGUUAGUUUAAUAUGUACACUAUGGACAUAUGGCUUAUACUUCUGUGGAAACUUUGAAAUCAACCACUUCUAUUGUGCAGACCCUCCUCUCAUCAAGAUUGCCUGAGGGGGAGUCCACAUCAAAGAAUACACGAUGAUUGUUAUUGCUGGAAUUAACUUCACAUAUUCUCUCUCUGUGGUUCUCAUCUCCUACACCCUCAUUGUAGUCGCUGUGCUACACAUGCGCUCUGCCAAUGGCAGGAGGAAGGCAUUUUCCACAUGUGGCUCCCACUUGACAGCUGUUACUAUGUUUUAUGGGACUCUCAUAUUCAUGUAUCUCAGACGUCCCACUGAGGAGUCUGUGGAGCAGGGGAAAAUGGUGGCCGUGUUUUAUACCACAGUGAUCCCCAUGCUGAAUCCCAUGAUCUACAGUCUGAGGAACAAAGAUGUGAAAGAGGCGGUCAACAAAGCAAUUGCCAAGGCAAACAAGGGUCAAUGA